GAAAGACGAGGAGAGAUUCUCGGAGGAGCAAAAGAGAGAAGCAUCAAGGCGAUCCAAGAGAACAGGCGUAAGAAGAGAGGGAAAAGAGGGAGAUCGGAUGCGAGGAAACGGGCAGAGGAAACAUUCGGGGGUGGAAUGGGGCGGUUGCACGUGAAAAAGUAGAUGCGAGCGAGAGAGACGGAGGACCCGCGAAAACGAGAGCGUUGAUUGAGGGUGGGCUGGAAGAGAGAGGAGGGUGGGAAUGAUAGAGAUAGUAAGGUUGGCAGGUAGGAGCGAGAGGAUGAUUUCCGGAGUGAACGGAAGCGAGAAGAAACAUAUAUUCGCGAUGAGGGAGUAAAAGAGGAGAGGGAAAGAGAGAGAGAGAGAGAAUCUGAAGAGAGAAAUCGACAGUGGAUCCGCGUUAGCUAUCGAGGGAUGAAAGGCAGCAAACUCCGCGAGACUAGUGGCGCACGGGAAUACCUCGCGCUUUCGUAUCUACCAGAGGACGUUGACGACGUUAACGUCGACGACGACGACGACGUGGAGGAGAACGAAGAGUGAUGCUGACAAUGAGCAACGAUCAAUGACGCGCUCGUGACAACACGUUCGGAGUCGCGAGUUCGACCGCGUCUCGAGAAGUAGUAACGCCGAAUCCUGUGAACGCUGAUAAUAGUGAACCCCCGUGAACGCUGAUAACGGCGGACCGAUGUUCGAAAAAUCACGAUUCUGCGCUACGAUCGAUUUCGAAGUAUCAUGAUGGGCCAAAGUGCGCGUUAACGAUAACUCCUGUCGAUAAUCAAAGUGAUAAUCAAAGUGUAAUAUUCAGAUAUUUCCAUCAAAUUGACAAUGAAAUCGUCGCUUGCAUCGUGAUUUUCGUCGGAUGCAUCAGGAUGCGUAGAGUGAGAGUACGCGUGGAACUGGCAUACGAAGGUCAAGGGCGGCGAGGAAAGAGUCCUACAGGAUCUUUCCUUUCAUCUACGAUUUUAGAACGACGACGGCGGCGACGAGCCGGUUACGGGGAUGCCGAGGGGAUGCGAGGAUACCGCGAGAUGACGUUCCCCAUCGUACUCGUCAUUCACUGACGUAAUCUCGAUCGGAUAACGAAGACGAUUGGCAGGAUGCUGCUGCGCGGGCUGCCGUUGAUCGUCUUUCUCCUCGUACAGCUGCGUCACCGUGUCAUCUGGGCUUCUCUAGAGAAUAUCGGGAUGUCCGAUAGAUUGGAAAACGUUACGCAGACGAUUUCGAGAAUACUCGAUGGCUAUGAUAUUCGACUAAGGCCGAACUUUGGUGGUGAUCCAUUGUUAGUUGGAAUGGAUCUAACCAUUGCAAGUUUCGAUGCGAUCUCAGAAGUCAAUAUGGACUAUACGAUAACGAUGUAUUUAAAUCAAUACUGGAAGGACGAGAGACUCGCUUUUUCGCACGAGGGAGAAGUCUUGACGUUAAGCGGUGAUUUCGCGGAAAAGAUUUGGGUUCCAGAUACAUUUUUCGCAAACGAUAAAAACAGUUUUUUGCAUGACGUCACCGAACGCAACAAACUUGUCAGAUUAUCGGGCGAUGGUUCAGUCACAUAUGGCAUGAGAUUCACAACAACUUUAGCCUGCAUGAUGGAUCUGCAUUAUUAUCCUCUCGAUUCACAGAAUUGCACCGUUGAAAUCGAGAGCUAUGGAUAUACAGUUCUCGACGUAGUAAUGUACUGGAAAGAAACCCCUGUUCGUGGAGUCAAGGAGGCAGAAUUGCCGCAAUUUACGAUAAUCGGCUAUGAGACCAAUGAUCGAAAGGAGACAUUGGCAACAGGCAUCUAUCAGAGACUCUCGCUGAGCUUUAAACUUCAAAGGAAUAUCGGUUAUUUCGUUUUUCAGACAUACUUGCCGAGUAUACUGAUCGUCAUGCUUAGCUGGGUCAGCUUUUGGAUCAAUCAUGAAGCUACCAGCGCAAGAGUAGCUCUUGGUAUUACGACCGUGUUAACGAUGACAACAAUAUCAACGGGUGUUAGAAGCUCACUGCCACGAAUUAGUUAUGUGAAAGCCAUCGAUAUUUACUUGGUGAUGUGCUUUGUCUUCGUAUUUGCGGCUCUAUUGGAAUACGCAGCGGUCAAUUAUACGUAUUGGGGUGCCAGAGCGAAAAAAAAGACCAAGAAGAAAGAAACCGAUGAGAAGAAAGUGCUUUCUUCUAAAAUCGGAAGCAAAGCCAGUUCGCCUUUUCCUGAUUCUACGGACGCGGAUAUCAUAGAACUUCAAGAUCUCAGAAUGUCGCCUCUACCGAGCAUUAGAAAUAGGUCAGGCCUAGUCAGCGCUUCAUCGAUGCCGGGAGUUGGAAGGGAUCACGACCCGGUCAAAUUUCCGCCGAGCUUUCGUAUUUCCAGGGUCGCCGUUUACAACACGCACACUCGAAAUAGCGGUCUCAGGUAUAGAGGCCCGAGACCGCACAAACCAAAGGUAUUACAUGCUCUACGUAGAGGAGCUUCCGUGUUGCGCGUAUCAAUGCCGAAGAUCAAGGAUGUGAACAUGAUAGAUAAAUAUUCGCGAAUUAUCUUCCCAGUCAGCUUCAUGCUGUUCAAUUUCGUAUACUGGAUCUUCUAUUUUUUCUGAGCAGCGAACGGAUAUUAAAUCGAAUUCGGCCACGUCUGUAUCUAAAAAGGACCAAUCGAUUCGGGAGGAUUCUUUCAAGUUUUCGAACACGUCAAAUAAUGUGUAAUAUUUUUCGCGGGAAUAAAGAUCCACCGAAUAUACAAACAGGUGAUGAAAGUACUGAAUCGAAAGUACUGCCAUGAAACACAUUUAUCGAUAGGAAUAAAACAUAUUUGCGAUAAACUUGUGUGUGUGUGUGUGUCAACAGCAGCGUUUACGAGAUUUUUGUUAAUUAGAAAGCAACAUUAUAAUAUAGUGAAGAUAAGCGAUAUGAAAGAGCGACAAUAUGUUCCUAACGAAACGUGAUAACUAUGUCAUGUACAUGACAUAGAAAAGGCGUCAAUGAGUAAUAAUUUGCUAGUGAACGAGAAAAGUCGCAUUGAGAUCCAAAAGUAAAAUGCGUUGGAAUUUACAAUAUUUGCGCCUGUAAUGAUAAAAGUGGUCUAAGUCAUAUAUCUUUUAUUUUAGAAAUAAAUACAGACUUUAUUUCCAUUUAUUUCCAUAUAUGUGUAUGUGUUUAUAUAUAUUUCUUUUUUUAUGUAUCAAAUUUUUAUUUUCUGCAAUGACAUACAGUGCUUUAUAAGUAUUUUGUGUAAGUAUGUUGUAUUACACUUAAUUUUCCUACAUUUGUGAUUCAUUUCACAUUUGUAAUCGGCUGACAAAACUUCUUUGGUUCCAAAUUUCACAAAGUACAUUUUAAAUAUCGAAA